UCGUCCUCAUGAGCAACAAACUCAUUAUAGGACAGGCGUGGUAAAUAGUGGCAACACAUAUCAGCCUCAACAUGUGCAACCUACUCGCCCAAUUGGGUACCAAUCUCAGACAAGGACUAACUUUAUGAAUGGGAACAGCUUUCCCCAGCAACAGAGGGUACAUCCUACUCAUCCACAUACCAGGACUGAGUCUAUGAGCACAGUUGCUUCUCACAAGCCUCAACAUGCACAGCAACCUCAGCAGAGAGUUGUGCGUAAAGAGCCUCAGGUGAAACCCAUCAACAGGUACGCCCCUCCUGAUUACAUGACAAUAAUGUAUCACCCGACUCCAACACUGGAGGACCUAGGGUUAACCAGUUAUCUGGACAGCCCUCCCUCAUCACCCAGAGCUAGGUCACCAGCUCGGGAGGCAGAAAUGGCCGAUUCUCCACCAGCGCAGGAGUCUCCAAGGAGGGUCUUACCAGCUUGGGAUGCACCAAGGAGUGUCUCACCAGCGCAGGAGUCAUCGAGUGACUCCUCAGAGCGGGAGUUCAAGACGGCCAUCUCACAAGCUAUAGAGAUCGAGACUGCUAUAUCAGCAGACAAACAGUCACCAGAGACUGUCUCAGAGGCUAAAAAGUCCACACUGAAUGUGACCAAUCAGAUGAGUGAGAGCCACCAGACCAUCUCAAACACUCAGAUGAGUCAACAUUUGACAACAAAAGUUGAACCUCAAAGAUAUGUCCCUAGCUUUGCCCCCAAAGGCUGGGACCCACAUGCCAAAUCAUCAAAGUCCAUACAUGGACCUGCAUCAACAGAGUCUGUAAUUAAUGCUACAUCUAGACCUGCUACAUUCACUGUGCCUAUAUCAAAGUCAGCCAAUGGCCUUGAUGUACAGUCCACAAAUAGCACAGGACCGGGGUCUGGCUCUACAUUGGCUGAGAAACCAGAGAAAUGGGCAUGCAAUUGGUCACUGAUUGCUGAACAGUACUCGACAGAAAGUCGUCAUUCAGUGAAUGAAAAGCAAAGAUGUGACGCAUUGUACAGACGCUACAACACAGACGAGCGUCAACAGACACACACCACAAAGCAUCAUCAAAAUCAUGAUGCAUGGCAUCAGGAGCAUACUAAUGUACAACACAGCAAACAGACAUUUGACCAGAUUCUUGCUGAGCAGAUAGCUAGACAAGCUGAGCUCAAGAGCAAUAAUCACAACCUAGCUCUUCAGACUUGCACCAAUGUUAGCGAGAAAAGAAGCAAAUGCCAAAGUAUAUCAAAGACGAGUCUGCCCAUUGUCAACAUGGACGACCUGUUUGGUGGCAUGUCACCUUAUAGUUGCUGGAAUCAGUCUGCACCGGAAGACCCGAGGUUUUCAUAACUUCCGGCUUCUGCUGCUUAACUUAUGGCAUACAUUACUGCUGUGUUACGACAUUCACGUAAUAAUAACUCAGUGAGGAACUGUUCUAUCCCUUGAUGAGAGAAUAAUCUGUGACAUUCUCAGAAACUUUAACUACCGUGUCUUUCAUUGCAUUGUCUGUGAUAAUGACGUAUUGGAU